AGUUUACCUCAAAAAUUAUAAAACUUUUAACCAGAUUAGAUUAUAGUGGAGCAGUUGCAGUUUUUGAAAAUGGAUAUUGUGAGUGUUUAAAAGAAGCAAUUGGUAACAGAAAAAAAAUCAGAGACGCUGUUAUUAAUAAUGGAGAAACAAUUGAGUUAGCUAAAUUAUGUAUGUUUAGGACAAAAGCUAUUUGUAUUAUUGUAUCUGUUGACGACAAGAAUAUAAAAACAUUACGGUCUGUGCCAUUAGAAGAUACUUUUUUGCCAAUUAAUUUACAAAUAUCUUUCAAAAACAAAACUGAUAAAUUACUGGGUUAUUGUAUUAGAGAAAAUUCUGAUUCACUGAAUAUUGUAACAUUUUGGUCUAAUGGUUACUUAUAUUCAAAUGAGUUGUAUACUGAAUCCAAUAGCAAUGAUUUUCCUGGUAAACAGUUGACAGAAAUUACUUUAGUUAAUUUAAAAAAACAAGUAUCUUUAAUUCAAUUAAGUUCAGAUUGUAUUGGUCUUUAUGGAGCAGAACCAAAAGGCGAAGGAGCUGCUUUAGUAGUAUACAAUUUCCAUUACAAUAUGGUAGUUGCUGUACAACAUUUUAAAAUCUAUACCAACCCUCCAAAUUUAUGGUGUUUUGGAAAUCAUUUACUCUUAGUAACAGGCCAAAACUUAGCAGUGAUUCCUUUUACGUGUGAACGGAAUAACUUAUCCUUGUUAAUGGAUAAUAAUUUAAUAAAAAUAAAUGAUAAAUAUGAAGAAAUUGAAUGGGAUUCUUAUGCAAAACAAAAAUGUAUAGAUACUAUUUCAGCUUCAGCUUUAUCUCAAUCAAAAUUAAAUGAAAUGAUUAUUACUGACCAUAUUAAAAAUAAAAAGGAUAAAUCAUUGAUUCGGUUACUGAUGGAAAACAACGACAUAAGUGAUACUUCUUUAGUUGAAAUAUUAUCAUAUUGUAGUUCAAACACAGCAAAACAUUCAAAUCUUUUGUCAAAGUUAUUUACUUAUCCACCUUUAAAUAAGCCAUCUUGUUUACGACACCAAUUGCCGUUUGAGAAUAUGCUGAUCAUUUUGAAUACUUUGUAUUCACUUAUGAAAGAGAAAUUGAUUGAAGAAAGAUUGGUUGAUUGGAUGACACUGAUGAUUGACUGCUCAUAUCAACAAUUAUUAUUGUCAAAUGAUCCUAAUGUUCUUGAACUUAUUAUUAAAGUUCAAAAUGACAUAAAUAGCAAAUGUGACUAUUUGGACUCAGUAAAUAAUAUUAACAAUACAAUGCGGGUUAUAAAAAAUAAAAAUGUUAACAAUAAGAAAAGAGAUGGACCUGUCAACAAUUUAUAUAAAAUUGAAACAAUUAAUUUAUAUUGAGUAAAUUUGUAUUUUAACAAUAA